AUGCCUAAAUUGGGGCAUGCGGCCGACACGGAGACGCUCAAGCGCACCAUCUACGUGCCGUCGCGCAAGAACCAGCUGGCCACGGCCCAGAUCAACACGGUCAUCGCCAUGCUGGAGGACAAAUCCCCGGCGCUGCGCUUCGUCGUGGGGCAGCAGGACACGGUGGGCGACCAGGACAUGCCCACGACGCUGCCCGAGGGCCUCCUGGCCACCAUCACCAAGCGCGAGACCCCUGAAGACGCGGCCGUGAUCCACCCCAAGCACAAGACCAAGGGCCUCACCACGCUCAAGCAGCUGCCGGAGGGUAGCGUCAUUGGCACCGGCUCGCUGCGGCGCGAGGCGCUGCUGCGCAAGCAGUUCCCGACCUUCGAGAUCAAGACGCUGCGCGGCAACAUCCAGACGCGGCAGGCCAAGCUGGACGAGCAUGACGACUACGACGCCAUCAUCGUGGCGGCCUGCUGCUUCCGACUUAGCGAGCUGGGCGACAGGAUCGACGAGAUUCUGCCCAUGGACACGUUCGGCUACGGCGUCGGACAGGGAAGCAUCGGCGUCGAGAGCCGCGCGGACGACGGGGAGCGAUGA